AUGAUCUUCGUAGAAGAAGAUGACGCUCUACGAAUGCGUUGGGCUCUUGUGUGCUCUGUACCCGAUCCUUCUACGGUCGACUAUCUGAGCAAAUUCUCUUCAUGGUUCCUUACUGAAGUUACAAAAGUGGCUGGUAAACUGAACAUCUACGCUAGGUUUGAAGAUCGGCCCAAAGUUGCUAUGCAUGUGCCUGUCGGAGAUUUUGAAGCGUGUGCUGUCGCGUACGAGAGGAUUAGGAGAAACUGGCCAGCGGUGAUGUUCGUUUUGCACAUUCUUCCUGAAAAAAAUGCCUCUGAAUAUGAAUGGAUGCGCAGCCUCAGUGCUGCACAUGGCUUUGUCCGACAAGGAGUGCUACUGGAAAAUGCACUGGACAAGUUUGCCAGUGUCGCUCAACAAGGUGACGAACUGUUCUCUGUAUUUAGUAAUGUUGCUCAAUGGGUUUCACGCGCUACAAGCAAACUAUGUCUCGAUAAAGAUCCUGUAAACAGACCUUACGAUCUCCGUGUGGGUUCCGGUGUCGCAAUUCCUGGAAACGUAAAAAUUGACCAGGAUGCCGUCCAGACAGCUGUGAAUACAGUUCUUUGCGGCUCACAACGUAUGCUCCCACUACACCGAGAGGAAUCCGCUGUUUUGGUGUCAGGAUUUCCGUCCUCUCUUAACGAAUUUGGUGUGGCUCAGUUAUUCCCCGGAAUGAAAGUUACUGGGGUGACAAUAGCACAAGACAAAGCGACUGUAACCUUUGCGACGAAGUUUCUAGCGUAUCAGGCAUGCGAACUCGACUCCAAGAAACUGGACCGUUACCACACCUUACAUGUGCAAGCACUAUCAGAUGAGGUACAAGAACAAUUGGAGCUUAACGCUAAAUAA